AUGUCGGGAAGCAAUCAGACAUCCCCGCGCUUCUUCAACUAUCCCACACCCAAACCUCACGACGCGCCAUACAAGGCCCCACCCCCAGGAAAGAACCCCGUAGUUAAGGGCGCUUUACUGCACUAUCUUUCCAAUCUCGUCGCGACUGUACCCUUGGUCCCUGGCGUCCUCUGGAGCAAUGCCGGCUUCAGCUCCUUGCGAGAAUGUAGGCAGCUCGACGGAAUCGACCCGCGCUACGAUCCCACCGUGAUACCGCUAUCUGAGUCCAACGAUGCUUCUGUUAGCUACACAGACAACUCCAACCUUCGCGCAUCCCCCGGCCACGCCUCGUCAAACCGAUUUCACUCGAUCAAAGACUUUCACGAUGCAUACUUGAGUGGCGCACUUACGCCCACCGAAGUCGUAGAACAUCUUCUCCCCCUUAUACGCCGAGAUGUCGCUCAGCGCUCGCCUUACUCGACAGCCUUCAUGGACAGCAAGGUAGACAUGGUCAGACAAGCUGCCGAAGCCUCCACGCAACGGUACAAGCAAGGAAAGCCACUGGGUAUACUAGACGGCGUGCCGUUUGGUGUCAAGGAUGACCUCAAGGUUAAGGGUUACAAGCACUACAUCGGCACCACCCAUGACUAUAGCAAUGGCGGAAACAAGGAUACCAGUUGGUGCGCGAAGAUGGUCGAGAAAGAAGGCGCUAUCCUGGUUGGAACGCUGACCAUGCACGAACUGGGCAUGGAUACCACAAACAAUAACCCCAAUUGGGGCACACCAAUCAACCCUUACAAUAGCUCAUACUACCCGGGCGGCUCAUCAGGAGGCGCUGCGUCUGCUGUAGGACAUGGUCUCAUACCCUUUGCCAUCGGGUCAGAUGGUGGUGGCUCGGUCAGAAUCCCCAGCAACUAUUGCGGUCUCUACGGUCUGAAGCCUUCACACUCUCGCGUCUCCGUCGCACCAAUGCCAGAUGCCGGGAAAUCCGUCACCGUCCGUGGGCCCCUCGCAAGCAACAUGUCGGAUCUCGAGAUCGCAUACCGGAUCCUCGCCCAGCCCGACCCAUCGACGUAUCCGUCAUCGCUCUUCAGCCCACCCAGAAAGCACACCGGGCCCCGAAACAAAGUGCUGGGUGUGUACAAAGCGUGGAUCGAUCGCGCAGACCCUGCAGUACAAGAAGCAGUUCACUCCGCCCUACAGUACUUUGAAUCAGAACUAGGCUACCAAAUCAUCGACAUCACCAUCCCGCUGCUAACAGAAGGCCAACUAGCCCAUGCAAUGACCAUCAUGGCCGAAGGCGCCGCAGGCCACAAGACUUCCAUCUACGACCUCACGCCCGCCAACCGCAUCCUAAUGAGUGUCGCGCGCCAGAGUCCUGCCACAGACUUCCUGCUCGCCCAGCGCCUGCGUAACAUACUAAUGGAACAUCUCGCCAACUUAUUUCAAAAACACCCCGGCCUCAUCAUUGUCACGCCCACAACGCCGAAUGCAGGCUGGCCUAUUGACCCCGCGGAGCUGUCCCACGGCGUUACGAAUGGAAAUAAGCAGAUUAGGAAUAUGGAUGCCGACAAGGGCCCACCCACUCUAACAUCCUUCCACAUCAACCGUGUGGCUUUAUCUUGGCCUGAACCCACCUACGGCAUACUCUUGCCGACGCUCGCCCACCUGGCUCCAUCCCUAAACCUACACUCUGAGAGCCGCACCAUACUGUCCCGUGCAAUGAACCCGCAGAUUCUCAUCACUCCCCAUCCGUCUACUUCUACGCAAGACGGCCGCCGACAAUCCUACCCCGACGACAUGUCGACUUCCUCGUCCAACUCUUCCAUCAGCGACACGGAGAUGAAAAACGACCCCACACUACAGACCAGGCCCCGUCUAGGGAGCAGAAAAUCCAGCGGCACCAUCAUAAUACCCCGCGACAGCCCCAAUGUCGAGAUGAAGGAGGAGGAGGAGGAGUACGAUGACGGCGAUGCGCGGACCAUGAGCCCUCGCCGGAGUAGCGAAGAAAUCGAGAAGAUGGGCCAGGAUGCUCGGCAAGCUCUGAUAGAACAAGCCAAAGCUCUACAAGCCAGCCUCAUGCAGAUUGUUGAUCGUGUCGAAGUCGUCAAGAACGAACACGAAAAGCUCGAGGGCGGCAACAAGUUCCUGCAAUCAUAUAUCGGCGAGCUGAUGCAAACGAGCAAGCUCACCUCUACGGGCGCCGGAAAAGCGUCCAAAGUCAAGGGCAAGGGCAGAAUCAUCAAAUAA